AUUGAAUGGCACAACAUAAAAUACUGGCCUUAAGACAUUCAUGCCUGAAUACCCAUGAGAAGCCUUGCACAGAUGAUGAUGAUGAUGAUGACGAAUAUAUUUUCACUCUGAACAGCUCACCUGAGUUAUGCUUGUUGUGCAAUGAAAAGAUUGAAUGUGGAGAAACCAUCGAACUUCUUCCACCAGUUGCCAACGCACAUGUUUCAAUAAUAUUUUUAUCUUGUCCUGUCGCCAGAGUUGCAUUCAUUUUGUCAGACUUUGGCAAAAUGCUCAGUUAUCAUCCAGGUUCCAGUUUGCAUUGUGGAGUGGUAGACUCAAGUGGUAAAGUGCACAGUUUCACCUCUCAUUUUGGUAUACGUUGUGAUAUUGAUGGCUGGGAAGAGUCAGUUGUUAUAAACGUUGCUGAUGUUACUCAGUCUUAUGAUUUGACGUCGUCCAAGUGGGAUGAAAUCAUUUACAAAUGCAUACAUAAUCAGAGCUUUUCUUCAAAAAAUGGUGGGGACGAAACGUAUGAUUGCUUAGACUUUGUCAUUGACAUAAUAAACUCCACUGAAAGAGAAGAAAACGUCAACCGAAUCUCCGUAGCAUCAUGGCUUUCCGUAUACUUGGAACAUAUUUUGCUGUACAAAGACGUCCUGAAAGAACUUUUGUCGGGACCAGUGCAGGUGAUUCGAAAUUUUAAAGAUGCUUUCGCGAUCCAGCAUUGCAGGAGUUAAUAUUCUCAUGAUAAACCAGUUGCUGAGGUACCAUUUCCUAUUCUGGACUUA